GAAAGAAUCCGAAUUCCUCACACACACACACAAACAUGCAGCCGGCUGAUCAUCAAGGCCAAGAACUCUACCGAUUUCUUGCCCAAAACGGCUUAAUCAACGUGAAUAAUGAUCAUCAGUUAUCAGCUAUGCAAAGCUUUUGCAGCUCUUCUUCUAAUAAUUAUAGUUAUUACCCUCUGGAAGUGUCUGGGGUAAGUACUGAGCAUGACGCCUCACCUCAAGAUAGAGCCCUUGCUGCUCUCAAGAAUCACAAGGAGGCCGAGAAGAGAAGGAGAGAGCGAAUCAACUCCCAUCUCGAUAAGCUUCGAGGCCUUCUUCCUUGCAAUUCCAAGACAGACAAAGCCUCCCUGUUAGCCAAGGUGGUCCAGAGAGUGAAAGAGCUGAAACAACAAACGUCAGAGAUCGCAGAGCUCGAGACCUUCCCUUCUGAAACUGAUGAAAUCACUGUACUUUCUUCAAAUGAUUAUACAAGCGAUGGAAGAAUUGUUUUCAAGGCCUCUUUGUGCUGCGAGGACCGCUCCGACCUCCUACCUGACCUAAUUGAAAUACUGAAAUCCCUCCAUUUGAGGACAAUCAAAGCUGAAAUUGCCACUCUUGGAGGAAGAAUUCGCAACGUGCUUAUUGUUGCCGCAGACAAAGAUCACACGAUCGAAUCAGUCCAUUUCUUGCAGAAUGCGUUGAAGUCAUUACUUGAACGCUCCAACUCUAGUGAAAGAUCAAAAAGAAGACGGGUAUUAGACCGCACAUUAGUCCUGUAAUUGGUACUGGUACUUUAAACUUUGAGAUUCUAUGUAUUUUCUUAAUCUUAAGUAUUUAAUAUUAUUUUGGAAUUAGUUGUGUGGGUUUGUUUUUAAUUUAUUCCCAUGAGGAACAUGAAUGGGAAAUGAAAGUAAUCAAUUGGGUUUAAUUUGUUGAUUAUGAGUGGUUUAGGGUUUUGGAUUUUGAAUGUACCCUUUUGCGAUUUGCAUGCAUGUGAUAUUUGUAUUCAUAUGUAAGUUUGCAGAAGAGAUAUAUUAAUCAAUUAUAAGAAUCUGACGAGUUUACGAUUCUGAAGUA